AUGGUACAACUGCACCGCUUCUGUGACACCUCCCAGCAAGCAUACUGGGCUGUAUCCUACCUCAGGAUCACAAGUGGAGACGGAGCCCACUCAACCUUCUUUGUGUGUGGCAGAGCCAAGCUAGCUCCUCUGAAACAGCAAACCAUACCAAGGCUCGAGCUAUGUGCGGCAGUGUUGGCGACCAUAGCAGACAAACAACUGAGAGAAGAACUAGAAUUACAUAUCGGCAGAUCAGUGUUCUGGACAGACAUCAUGGUCACCCUUCAAUACAUACGAAACACUGAACGGCGCUUCCAUACCAUUGUGGCAAACCGAAUUGUAACGAUAAAUGAGAAUUCCGACGCGGAACAAUGA